AUGGACUCGAAGACGGAAAAAGUUUUGGAGAUGGAGUCAUGCCUGGGUCUUCAACUAGGAGGAAACUCUCAAUAUUUGAAGCUUGAAAUUUGCCAUAUUGCUUCUCUUUGUGAGAAAUUGGGUAAAGACCCUUUCCUUGCGUUCGUUUCUGGCUGUAUAAAUCAGAAGAAUUUGAAGAAGGAUGAUCACCCAGAUGGUUCUGCUAUGUCUGCCAAAGAAGAUAGACUAUGGAACAUUGUGAGGGCUAAUUCUUUAGAUUUUAAUGCCUGGACUGCUUUAAUUGAAGAGACAGAGAAGGUGGCAGAGGAUAACAUCUUAAAAAUUCGAAAAGUUUAUGAUGCUUUUCUAGCAGAGUUUCCUUUGUGUUAUGGGUAUUGGAAAAAGUAUGCAGAUCAUGAGGCACGUUUUGGUGUUAUUGAUAAAGUUGUGGAGGUUUAUGAACGAGCAGUUCAAGCUGUUACCUAUUCAGUUGACAUUUGGUUGCAUUACUGCACAUUUGCCACAACUACUUUUGGAGAUCCAGACACUAUCAGAAGGCUUUUUGAGCAAGGAUUGGCGUAUGUUGGAACAGAUUACUUGUCCUUUCCUCUUUGGGACAUGUACAUUGAUUAUGAAUUUAUGCAGCAAGCAUGGGGCCAGCUUGUUGUGAUCUACUCACGAAUAUUAGAGAAUCCGUACCAACAACUGGAUCGAUAUUUAAACAGUUUUAAGGAGUUAGCUGGAAGUCAGCCUCUCUCAGAAUUGAGAACUGCUGAAGAAGCUGCUGCUGCUGCAGCAGCAGAAAGUGCCACUUCAGAGGAUGGUGUACAAGCAAACGGGAGGAGUAAACGGCCUUUCAUGGGUGCAGAGUGUUGGAUAUGGUUGGACUUGAUCUACUAA